UCUCCUUCUUCCUCUGCUCUAAAAAGUUCAUUACUAUAUAUUCAUCUCUCCCUUUCUUUUCUCCUCUUUCUCUUUCUCUAACAAACAACUGCAUACCCUCCAUGAAAAGAGCUUAGCCACACACAUUGGAAAAAACCUCCAUGAAAAGAGCUUAGCUAAAAAAAAAAGCAGAAAAAAAGGUUGAAGAUUCUGUUUUUAUUAGUGAAAAAAAUGGGGAAGUAUAUGAGGAAGUCAAAAAAGUCAGGGGAAGUAUCAGUAUCACCUCUUGGUGUUUUAACAAGGGCUAAAACCCUAGCUCUUUCGAAAUUGGUUUCACCGGCGGCUACAGAAUCCGGCUCCGGCGGUGAUGGUGGGUCCUACCUAGAGCUUCGUAGUAGAAAGUUAAUCAAACCCUUUUCGGUUCUUGAAGGGAGGAAGCAGAAAAAUGGUGUUUCAAAAGAUCCCAAUUUGUUAAACCCUAAAAACCCUAAUGUUUUAAGAACUAGUUCUGAAGAGGUAAAGGAGAAUAGCUGCUUUGGUGGUGAUGUGGCUGUUGAAGCUUCUUUUGGGGAGAAUUUGUUGGAAUUUGAAGGUAGAAAAAGGACCACCAGGGAAAGCACACCUUGCAGUUUGAUAAGAGAUUCAGACAACAUGCAAACCCCUGGUUCCAGUACGAGGCGUAUUAAUGCAACCAGCAGAGUACCAAAUUUGCUACGAACGAAUAUCCCGACAGCUCAUGAAAUGGAUGAGUUUUUCACCAGUGCAGAAGAGCAGCAGCGGAGACGAUUCAUCGAGAAGUACAACUUUGAUCCAUUGAAUGAGAAGCCCCUUCCCGGACGUUACGAAUGGGUGAAAGUAGAUUGCUAGAUAUGUCCUGCAUUUUCUUGUUUCAUCUUUAGGUUUAGAUAAAGGUGUAGGAAAAUAGCAGCAGGUAAGUUUUAGUGUUCUACAAUGAUGAUUGUGAAAUUUCUAUUUCCAAUCACUCUUUGACUUUGUAAAGAAACUAGGGGCAGUAAGUGUUUAGAAGGGUAGACUAAUGAUCUGUAACAUAACAAAGCUUGUGACAUUAAACAACCAAAUACAAGGAAAGAUCCUUUGACUAACAGAUCAUGAAAAGGGAAGGGAAAGAAGAAAGGGCAGUAGUAGUAGUAGUAGUAAUCUCGAUUAGUGUCUUAAGUGGUACAGAAGGUAGGUCUACUAAUCCUUGUUUUCAGUAGUUUCUUUUGUUCAUAAUUGUACUGAUGGGAACUUGUUUUUAGACAUAUUCUGAAUAAAAUGACCCUCAAAGUUUUCCCCCCUUUA